GAUUCGUGUUAGGGAUGGCCAUGACACAUGCAAUGUGCGAUGGAUAUGGAGAAGGUCAUAUCAUGUGUGCCUUAACCGAGUUAGCUGGCGGGAAGAAAUCAACGUUGACGCCGGUCUGGGAAAGAGAAAGACUUGUGGGGAAGCCGGAAGACGAUGAUCAACCUCCGUUUCUUCCCGGUGGCGACACGGCAGCUUCACCCUACUUACCAACGGAUGAUUGGGUAACUGAGAAAAUAAAUAUUAGAGCUGAUAGCAUAAGAAGAUUGAAAGAAGCUACAUUGAAAGAGUACGGAUUCUCUAAUGAGGUUCUCACUACUUUCGAAGUUAUAGGAGCUUAUUUGUGGAAGUCAAGAGUUAAAGCUCUCAAUUUGGAUCGAGAUGGAGUCACUGUUUUGGGUUUAUCAGUAGGAAUCCGCGACGUUGUGGAUCCACCUUUGCCCGAUGGAUACUACGGUAAUGCAUAUAUCGAUAUGUACGUGCCAUUAACUGCAAGAGAAGUGGAAGAAUCUCCGAUCUCAGAUAUCGUAAAUCUCAUAAAAGAAGCCAAGAGAAAGGCUCACGAUAAAGAUUAUCUCCAAGAAGAGCUUGCAAACACUGAGAAAAUCAUUAAGAUGAAUUUAACGAUCAAAGGAAAAAAAGAUGGGUUGUUUUAUUUGACGGAUUGGAGGAAUAUCGGGAUCUUUGGAUCAAUGGAUUUUGGAUGGAAUGAGCCGGUGAAUAUGGUCCCAGUAGUCCCAUCGGAGACAGCUAGGAUGGUUAAUAUGUUCAUGCGACCAUCUAGGUUGGAAUUGGAACCGGAUAUGGUCGGAGGACUUCAGAUUGUGGUUUCAUUGCCAAGAAUUGCAAUGGUUAAGUUCAAGGAAGAGAUGAAAGCUUUAGAGUAAAGCUUGUUUUGCAACAAUAU